ACUGGGGUAGGACACUAUCUUAGGCUAAAUCAAGGCGGCCACUUUCUAUAGAUAUCAGUUGCUGAGGACCUCAGUACCAGGCUUCCAGAGGAAAGGGCAGGAGAGCGGCCUGGGGACAAUGGAGCAAGGCAGUGAGGCAUCAGGAAGAGGAAGAGAUCAAUGCUGAGGUGCUGUCCGGGCCUAAACAAAGGACACCAAGCUUUUGCCCCCUUCUCUGCAUUCUCACCCACAUACGUGCCAGCCCAGCCAAGCCGGAGAGGAAGCGUGGGCCAGGAGAGAAGAGCCGCAGGUGUUUGCUCUGAAUAUUUCCCUGGGGAAGUCCACCCGCCCAGCCUGUCCUGCCCACGAACCCUACACUCUUGCUUGGCUCAUUGGCUCAGAAAGUCCCACCCUGCCAGCCAGAAGAAACAAAAGCUACCUCCAGGAGGCCCUCAGGCAGACGGGCAGCCCAGGGACAGGAGAGUGAGCUGGAUCCACAAGAAGGGAGAGGUUCUUCCAGGCCUCCAGGCUCCACGGCCUGAGUGGUGGCACUCAGGUGUAGACGCAUCUACGUGAGAGGCCAAGGACGCAGCCACCAUGAACUGGACAUUUCUGCAGGGCCUCCUGAGUGGCGUGAACAAGUACUCCACAGCGCUGGGCCGCAUCUGGCUGUCAGUGGUGUUCAUCUUCCGCGUGCUGGUGUACGUGGUGGCCGCCGAGGAUGUGUGGGACGAUGAGCAGAAGGACUUUGUCUGCAACACCCGCCAGCCGGGCUGCCCCAAUGUCUGCUAUGACCACUUCUUCCCCGUGUCCCACGUGCGCCUCUGGGCCCUGCAGCUCGUCCUGGUCACGUGCCCCUCACUGCUCGUGGUCAUGCACGUGGCCUACCGCGAGGAGCGUGAGCGGAGGCACCGCAUGAAACACGGACCCAAUGCCCCAUCCCUGUACAACAACCUGAGAAAGAAGCGGGGCGGGCUCUGGUGGACAUACUUGCUGAGUCUCAUUUUCAAGGCCACCGUGGACUCGGCCUUCCUCUACAUCUUCCACCGCCUCUAUGAGAACUACAACAUGCCCCGCGUGGUGGCCUGCAGUGUGGACCCUUGUCCCAACACCGUGGACUGUUAUAUCUCCAGACCCACAGAGAAGAAGAUCUUCACCUACUUCAUGGUGGGCGCAGCUGCCAUCUGCAUUCUGCUCAACCUCAGUGAGGUCACCUACCUAGUGGGCAAGAGGUGCAUGGAGACCCUGGGUCCCCGACGCCGGAAGUCUCGGCACCGGUAUCACCUACCAGAUACAUGCCCGCCAUAUGUGGCCUCCCAGCAAGGGCACCCCCGGGAUGGGAACUCCGUCCUAAUGAAGGCUGGGUCGGCCCUAAUGGACGAAAGUAGGUGUCCAUAACCCGAGAGGUGGCAGGUAGGGAGGGUCCCCAGGUCCCUGUCUGUUCUCUGAAGAAAACAGACAAGGGUAGUGGCAGGUGGGAAGAGUGGCGAUGGAGCCUCAGGAAGCCCUGCCCUGAAGCCAGGGUGCAGCAGGAGGGGCACAGGUCAGCUCCUGGCUCCUGAGUCUUGGGAGACUUGCGGGCGGGCAGGUGGAGAUUUUGUACAUGGUAACAGGGUACAUCAAAAGCCCAAUAAACGUGAUUUUUUCCAGGACUUUGUAGACC